CGUCAGAAACUAGAGACCCUGACGCCGAGCGACAGGUGCUGGAACAAACCGACGGUGAAAAACGGCGGACGCAGAAGCGCUUCGGUGGGCAGGACUUCCGCCGGAAAUGGGGUGGUCUGGGAGCUCUCUGAGCGGAAUUCAGGCUGGGUUUUUCUUGCAAGUUCGGCCUGGGGGCUGGGUGAAGAUGGCUUGCGCCGCUGCGCAGUCCCCGGCCGACCAGGACAGGUUCAUUUGUAUCUAUCCUGCUUACUUAAAUAACAAGAAGACCAUAGCGGAGGGGCGGCGAAUCCCCAUAAGUAAGGCUGUUGAAAAUCCUACAGCUACAGAGAUUCAGGAUGUAUGCUCAGCAGUUGGACUUAAUGUAUUUCUUGAGAAAAAUAAAAUGUACUCUAGAGAAUGGAAUCGUGAUCUUCAGUACAGGGGCAGGGUCCGGGUCCAGCUCAAACAGGAAGAUGGCAGCCUCUGUCUUGUACAGUUCCCAUCACGUAAGUCAGUAAUGUUGUAUGCUGCAGAAAUGAUACCUAAACUGAAAACAAGGACACAAAAAACCGGAGGUGGUGACCAGAGUCUUCAGCAAGGAGAGGGAAGUAAAAAAGGGAAAGGAAAGAAGAAGAAGUGACCUGGUAUGAGAAUCAAGGAUGUGGUACUACUGUAAGAGACAUGAAUGGAGGUUUCUCAUUUGUAUCUGAGAGAAACAGAAACUUUCUGUUUGCAUCAUUUAACUGAACUAUGAACAUUUGUGCCUCCCAGCUUCAGCAUCAGAGUUGACAAUGAAAUAAAUUUACAUCAGAAAUAUGCAUCCAGCUCUUAGGAAGUAUAAAAGAAAUUUUUUCUUUUUGCCUUUUAAUGCAGUUUUUGUGAAAGAAUCAUUUUUUUUUUUUAAAGAAUCAUUUUUUUAAAUGGACAGUGGACUCUACCAUAAGUUACUUGAAAUCCUAUAUCUGUUUGUCCUCUGUGUAAACAUGUUUCAGAUAAAUGAGUUUAAUAAGAUUUGAAGUACACAUUUUGUUCCUCUUUUAAGUUAAUGAAAUAAAUUUCAAACUGAC